AUGGUUUCAGUGAAAACCCACAUCCACCAGUUGCAAGGGAAAAACUUCCCGAAACAUGCAGUCAUCGUCCCGGGAGCAAACGCCCGCGCAGUGAUGGCGCGGGUCCCGGACUUGUUUGCUGACCUGAGCUGCUACAGUGAAAACGAGGAGUCUGUCAUUGAUUCGGACCCCAUCGCUCAAAGCCAGGACUCCUUCUACGAGACAUGCUCUAGUGGGCAUCUGAGGGAGAGCCUGGGCACCAUGGACCUGCCUCGAAAGGUCACUAAGAUAGUUCAGAGGGUGAACUUCCAGAACAGCGUGACAGAGAAAACUUGCAGGGGGAAAAUGAAGAAGAGACGGCUAAGUCCCAGCUUCAAAAGCAUUGCUGACACGGACCUGGAGACCAUCAUCAACUUCAAGAAGGAAGAAACCAUUGACCGUACCUUAAGGUCCGUCACCUACCAGAGCCUCCCUGAUGAGCUGAUGCUCCUCAGAACGAAAUCCAUCACUCUGACCGACAUUGACGGUCGAAGCAUGUACCUCGACUUUCCCGAGCUCAUUGUUCACAGCUUCCAAGGUGAAACCCAGAAAGUGAAAUUUGAAAUGGCCAUUUACGUGCCUUCUGGAACCUCUGUACAUGUGACUCUCAGUGUCCAAGGACAAGAGAAAAAUAAACAGCUGUUCUUGAGUGUGAAGGACGAAAAGGAAACCAAGAAGCUGGAGCUGAAGUCGAUGCCAGGCCCACAACAGACCAUCGGCAGACACGAAAACCACCUCUUCCUCUGGGGCCAGAGCGGGACCACCCAUAACUUCAACUCGGCCGCCUACCCCGACUGGUUCCUCGGGACGUACAAAGAAAAUGAGCCUCUCCUCGUGACAAACCAUCGGGGCGAGGAGUUCAUCACUGACUUCUACAUUUGA